AGAACCGAAAACAAAGACAAACAAGAGAGAUGUGAACCGGAGGAACCGGGACAUCACCGGGAAUACAGCGUCCUCUAGGAGACAAGGACACGAGGACACGAGGACAUGGACCUGCCCUGGACUUGGACUCAGGUCCUGGUUCUGGCCGUGCUGCAGACCGUGUGGGCGGGGCAUCGAAACCUACUGCCCGACGACCACGUGGUUGCUACGGUAAACGCCACGGCCUCUGACUCUAAGGGCAACAUCGUCCACAUCAGCAGCUCUGAAGACGCUCUGUUUGGUCUGCACUCGCCCAAGACCGAAACACGAGGCCUCCUGCUCGCCCCGACACCGCACAACGGAGUUGUGGACCUUCAGGGCUGUGAUCCUCAGACCCGCUUCAGUCCUCCUCGCUCUGUCCAGUGGGUGGCGCUGAUGCAGAGAGGAAACUGCACUUUCAGAGAGAAGAUCCAGAGAGCAGCUUCAUUCAAGGCCAGCGCAGUACUCAUCUACAACAACAGCAGUAACGAGACAGUACGCAUGGGCCACGAAGGUACUGGUGCUGUGGUGGCGGUGAUGAUUCCGGAGCUCUUUGGCCGAGAGCUCUUGUCCCUGCUGGAGAGGAACCUGUCGGUGCACGUGAGGGUCUUGGUGGGACCUCGGUCUCAGAACUCGUCCCGGUCUUCUCUGCUCUUUGUCUCUGUGUCCUUCAUCGUUCUGCUCGGCGUCAGCUCUGCCUGGCUCCUGUUCUACUGCGCACAAAGGCUACGAGGAUCCACCAGAGGGCGCACUCAGAGAGGAUUUGGAGACGCAGCUAAAAAGGCUAUAAGGAAACUGACCACGAGGACUGUUCGGAGAGGAGACAAGGAGACUGACCCAGACUUUAAUCACUGUGCCGUUUGCAUCGAGUCCUAUCAGCUCAAUGACGUGGUCCGCAUCCUGCCCUGCAAACAUGUUUUCCACAAAGGCUGUGUGGACCCCUGGCUGAACGAGCACUGCACCUGCCCCAUGUGCAAACUCAACAUCCUGAAGGCCCUGGGGAUCGUGACCAGUAUUCCGUGUGUGGACUCUGUCUCAUUGGAUGGAUCCCGGUAUAGUCCCGCCUCCCGGAGCCAGAGAACCCCGCUCAGUGACUCCCUACAGCCGUCAAUCAUUCUGGAACCAAGCCCCGCCCACCCAGAGGCCACACCCACUGACAUUACCAUCACUGUGACCAGUGGAGUGCAGCUCUUCUCUCCUGUAGCGCCCCCUCGUGGAGUGGCGGAGGUGGAGAUCCCAGAGUCAGACUUUUAUGAAGAUAAAUCCUGAUCCUGGCUCUAGACUCUUGGUCCAUGGACGUCUGGACCAGGACCGGCCCGGUCUCCAGCUGUGAGCCUGCUUUGGAACGGUUCUUUUGAAUCCAUUUGGGACUCAAAUCAGACCGGACCCGGACCGAUACUCGAGGGUUUUGAACUCUGCCGAACAGUAUAACAAAGGCUGUAUUUAAACCACUGAACGUAUCAUAACGUGGCUAAUGUACUGAGCCACAGCCUUAUACUAUGUCAGACCCUAGACCUGUUCAAUCCAGUUCAGAACCAAUCAGAACCGAUUCUGAACCGGUUCUGAACCGGUUCGUCAAACCCUUUAAACAGUUGUGAAACUUGGAUUUGAACAAGUCUAAAAGUAUUUAACUGAAGAGUUUAUAAUGGUCCUCAUAAUCUUCUCAUCCUCCUGUCCCUCCUUCUCCAUCCUCUUGCCCUUUUCUUUCUUUC